AUUUAAGUGCGGCACAUUCCUGUGCACGGUGCCCGAGGACGAGGACUCUCAGGUGGGGGAGACACACCGCGACGCCUCGCUCGCAGGGGGCCCGCAGGAGCUCACCCCAAAAACAAAACUCGAAUCAGAAGGCAGGGGGAAUUGUCGGCGACCUGUCCGCGGUUUCGGGGCCUCGGGGGAGGAGAUGUCGGAGCUUCUGCUGAGCGUGCUCGGGGAGCGGCUGGUCAACCGCGAGAAAGCCGAGGUGGACGUGCAGGCGCUGGGCGAGCGGGUGUCGCUGCUCGGCCUGUUCUUCGGCUGCGGCGUGAACGCGCCGUGCCGGCAGUUCAACGGCAGCCUGUGCGACUUCUACGGUCGCUUCAAGAAGACUUCGGAGUACCGAGACCAGCUGGAGGUGGUGUUCGUCUCCUCGGACCAGGAGCAGAAGCAAUGGCAGGACUUUCUGCAGGAGAUGCCCUGGCCCGCCUUGCCCUUCAAAGACAGACACAAAAAGAUGAAGCUGUGGAACAAGUACAAGGUGACCAGCAUCCCGUCACUCGUGUUUGUGGACGCGGCCACGGGGAAGGUUGUGUGUCGGAAUGGUCUGCUGGUGGUCAAGGACGAUCCCAAAGGCCUGGAGUUCCCCUGGGGGCCCAAGCCGUUUGCUGAGGUGGUGGCGGGGCCUCUGCUCAGGAGCAACAGGCAGUCAGCUGACAGCGCUUCCCUGGAGGGGCACUACGUGGGGGUCUACUUCUCUGCACACUGGUGUCCACCGUGCCGCAGUUUAACGCGAGUGUUAGUGGAGUCAUAUCGCACCGUCAAAGAGUCGGGUCAAAAGUUUGAGAUCGUGUUCGUCAGCGCUGAUAGGUCUGAGGAGUCUUUCCAGCAGUACUUCAGCGAGAUGCCCUGGAUGGCGGUGCCGUAUUCGGACGAGGCUCGACGCUCGCGACUCAACAGGCUUUAUGGGAUUCAAGGUAUCCCCACCCUGAUCCUGUUGGACGCUGAGGGUCACGUGAUCACGCGACAAGGCCGCGUGGAGGUGCUGAAUGACCCAGAGUGUCGCCUGUUCCCCUGGCACCCUCGGCCCGUGCUGGAGCUCAGCGAGGCCAACGCCGCGCAGCUCCAUGAGGGGCCCUGCCUUGUCCUCUUUGUGGACGCCGAGGAGGAACGUGAGCUGGAGCCGGCCAAGGAGCUGAUACGGCCCAUCGCCGAGAAGCUGAUGACUAAAUACAAAGCCAAGGAAGAGGAGACGCCGCUGCUCUUCUUUGUGGCCGGAGAGGAUGACAUGAGCGACUCUUUGCGUGAUUAUACCAACCUGCCAGAGGCGGCGCCGCUGCUCACCAUCCUGGACAUGUCGGCACGGGCCAAGUACGUGCGCGACGUGGAGGAGAUCACGCCGGACGUGGUGGAGCAGUUCGUCGGUGACUUCUUGGCCGACAAGCUCAAACCCGAGCCCAUCUAAGACAGCAAGUCCAAAUGCGGACAAGAACGGGACUCUUCACAAUCAUCAUCAAUGCACUCACUCCCUCGGCCUCAUCCUUCACUUUUUACUAUUUUAACUUCCUUUUUUUUUUAACUCUCUCCAUCUCCUGCGGUGCCUUGCAUUGACUCUAUACUCCCUACAGUUAAUAUAUACAAAGAUUAUUUUGUUUUUCCACAUUAUGGCAUUAUUAAAUAGCAUUUCUGGUUUCUAACACAGCCCAGCGGACCUAUUUGUCACUCAUGUCUUUUUCACGUCUAGACCAUGGAAUUAAAAAAGAAAAAGAAAAAAAAAGAAUAAAGUGAUUGCAGCAUUUUUUCUGUA